AGCUGCCGGUUACUCAUUUAAAUAUGAUUCUUUUCGAUCGUGCGCCAGUUUAAAUAAAAAAUUACUAUACCUUUACACAUCUACUCUACAGCCUUUGACUAUGUAUUAUGUUUUAAAUCUUAAAAAUUUAAUGUAGUUUGUUUUCUCGGUCACGUGACAGGAGACGAAAGGGCGUUGUCGAUUGUGAAGAACAGCACAGCUCAUCUCAAGGCAUUCAGUGUCUCUGCAGACAUGGCCGCGUGUGCAAGAGCUGCGACUGUCAGUAUCUUUUUAUUCCUGACGAAGGUGACGCUAGCGACACCUGCCACCACCCCUGCGCCGUGUCUGACGGAAAAAGACUGCGCUGUGCACACUUUGACGAUCGAGGUUCUGCAACAGUUGAUGAACAGUGCUGAGGUCAUCCUGAAGAACUCCAACUCAGGAACGGCGGUCCAACCAGAGGCAGGAUCGUCCGACGCUGCUGUAGACGGAUCAGCCACCCACAUCCUCCUGCGCCGAAUGGACAGCGAACUGACGGAGCUGAGGAGAAAAGUUCUCAGCUUAGAGGCAGGAAACAGUCAGACCACUUCCCACCAGCAGGAGAUUAACAGUAGCAUAGUAAAUCAGGUGCAGCAGCUUCAGGAUGAAACCAAAGAGGUGAAGAACCAGCUGCUGGGUCUGUCUCAGCAGGUCACCCAGGCCCUUCAAGUCCCAGUGGCUACGUCCGGAAGAGGACUGGAAACACAGAGCGGCCACGAUACCAGUAUAAGGCCUCAGGACUGCUACGACCUCCUUCGAUCAGGAAGAAACGAAAGUGGCAUCUACACAAUUUACCCUCAAACAUGUGGACUUCCGGGUGAAGGGGUCGCCGUCUGGUGUGACAUGGGCGAGAAAGAGGUCGACGAAGGUGGAUGGACUGUUGUCCUUCUUCGGCGACCUCUCAGUACCCAAGUGAACUUCAACAGAGGAUGGCGCGAUUAUAGAAUUGGAUUUGGCAGCCCAGACACUGAAUACUGGAUAGGUAACGACGUCCUCCACGCCGUCACGAACGGAGCAACCCAAGUGCUCCGGGUGGACAUGACCGACUGGGACGGGCAGUCCCGGUACCAAGAGUACAGCUCCUUCCACGUCGCCGACAGAGAUCACGAGUACAGCCUCCGACUGGGGACGGGAUCCGGGACUGCAGGGGAUGCCCUCAAACGUCAUGAUAACAUGCUCUUCUCCACUCCCGACAGAGAUAACGAUAUUGAUAGUUCUCGUAACUGCGCAGUUACAUACAGCAGUGGCUUCUGGUUUAAUAAAUGUCUCUACGUGAGUCCAACGAACCCACUUCUGAGCAAGCAGAAAAACGCGAAGGGGAUAAUUUGGAACACGUUCCACUCUGACUUGACCACGCUGCAACGCGUCACCUUUAAAGUGAAGCCAGCUAUGUGUUAUAGUGGAUGAUUUCUCUCAGUCAUAAAUCUUAAAAACCCAGUGUCAAUCCAUGCGCAACAAAACUUGUUUCAAAGGACUGUAAAGGGUGACUGAGAGAAAACUAAGAAAACAGAGAAAUUUGUAAAUUGCGAAUAAAUAGUAGUCUACUGGGUGUUCUUCAGCAAGCGACCUUGGUGGCUUCCCUACUCAUUUACAUAACACCAGAGUACUGAAGAUUAUCUAAUAAAUCCAUGAAUGUUCUUGUCUUUCCUAAGCUUACUCAAAGUAACAGGGAAGAAGCCAGGCGGAUGUGGGAAUGCUCAAAUUUAUACAAAGUUUCCUUAAUCUGGGAGAAUUUCAAAAACAAUAAAUGUCUCAUAAUGGACUCCUGCCCCUCCUCUCUCAGACGGUUCUAAAUGGUGAAAUAGGGAGAAGACACCAUUACAAGCCUUGAAGAGGUCUGUACUAUCUUCAAAAGGCACUUCUGUGAAACACCAAUGCCCCAGAAGGCACGACAAUCGUGGCCAUGGUCAGGGUUACAAAGCUUCAUAUCUCCAUGACAUCUGAAAAAUGGCUUCAUUAGUGUAAAUGAAGUUUCUAUCUCUUACAGCUCAAAAUAUAUUGCGAGAAUUGAAGUCGAGUAAUAAAUGUAUAGAGAAUAAA